ACAAAAGUAUACUUGGUAUGUCAAAACAAAAAUCAGAAGCCUUCUGAUUUACCUUUACCUCGAAUCUGUAAACGGAAAUAUCAUUUGGGUUUUAUUUACAUUGUAAUUUUUUAUUACCUAAAACGUGUGAUUGUAGAAAACUUCAUAAUUAUAGUUAUAAUUUGAAAAUCAUUAAACUAUGUUAUGUCCUGAGGUUUGGAAAUUUGAUUAUCCAAAAAAUAAUAUGUUUUUGGAAAUCGGCCGUUUAUCAAAAAAAUCGGAUCAAUUCUUAGAAAAACUUAUUUGUAAACAUCCAUUUAAUCAAACUUUUUCAGUUGUAAUAGCCGAAGAGAAUUCAGAUAAUAUACCAGAAAAAAUUUUAUCUCAUUUAAAUGGAUCAUUUUACUAUAUAGUAAACGAUAUAAAACUUACCGAUUUAAUUAGGAAGGACUUUAUAGAGGCAUUUGUAAAAAGAGGAAAGUUCACCGCUCUAAACUUGGUCGAAUUCAAUGAAAUUGAUGAUAUUUUUGCUGUAAGACCAGACGGAAAAUUGAUUUUAAUAAUAAAUAAAGAUUUAUAUCAAUCAAUAGGACUUGACGGUCGAGUUCAUAGCAGUUUUACAAGAAGGAAAGAUCGUUUCGUUGAUACAAAAUUUUUUUCGUUAUUACAAUGGGAAUGAUUAUGUUCCUAUAUAAUUAUAAUUAAAAUGGUUCCGGGAUAGUUACCUGAUACUUUUUUGUGGACGUUGAAACUAAAAUAAAUUGGAAAAAUUCUUUAUUACAACCAUAGUGGCGAUUAUAUGUUAAACUUCAACAAUUUAAAAACUUAUUUGAAUAGAGAAUUUUUUAUAGGUUAAAAAGUAUUCUAUUUAAUAUGGCAAAAUUAAAACAACCGGAUACACUGCAAAAUUUGGCUAUGAAUGCGGUUAUUGUUUGGUUAUGCAAAACAGGGCAAAAUUUAAUGACGAAAAUAGCUUGGGUGGCAAGAACAGAUGCACAAAAAAGUUCCGAAUACCUAAAGGAAAGUGUUAAUAUGAUACACAAGCUAUUUUUAUACAACAUACCCUGCUAUUUGUUCGACAAUUUAAGUAAAGUCGUUUUUAAAAAAUUACCUAUACUUAUUGAUAAUAUUAAAAGGAAAUUAAAAAUGCAUGCAUCGAUGAGUGAAUUCUUGAUUCACGUAAAUGUAGCCGUUUCUUUGGGUCAAAUAAUAAUAUCACCACAUUUACACUUUCUUAAUUUUGAAGAAAUGCCAAAAAUGAUGCGACACUUGUUUUACAUGAGACUUAAAGACCUACCCGGUUUAGUUUACUUGAAUUUGUCAACUUUAUCUGGUGGUUGGAAAACAGAAGAUAUGGAACCUAUUGUAUUAAAUGGAAUAGUUGAUAUGAAAAAUCUGCAUACUUUAAUUUUAACUUAUGAUUGCACGGACAAUAUUUUGAAAAUUUUGGAGACCUCUUGCCCAAGAAUUCAAGUUUUGGAUAUUUCGUCAUCUAAAAUGAUUGGAAAUAACAGUAUAAAAUAUCUUUUGGAAUUACAUCAUUUAAAGAAAGUGCAACUUUAUCGCACUUCAAUAACAAUUGAGGGUUAUAUCAGACUUUUAACUAAAAUGCCUCAACUGGAAAAUAUUGGACGUUAUGAUGCAAUUGGAACAUGCCUAGAAUAUAUCGAUAUGACUUAUGAAAAUUUAGAUGAAAAACCAAUAAUUAAAUUAAAAGUAUUUGAAAGUCACUAUGUUGUUUCUAAGCAUAUAAAACUUUUGGCUAAAUGGUGUCCAGAUAUUGAAUUAGUUUGUUUAUUUCAUAAUCCACUUCUAAAUGAUUUAAUGGGAUUAAUUGCAAUAAAUAAAUUAAGUGAUUUAAGAUUACUUUCAUGUAAUUUUUUCCAGGAUCAUGUACGUGAUGUUUUAGAAGUUAAGGGCUGUAAUUUAACAUAUUUACAUUUGGAACAUGUUGAAGAAAUCGACAUUAACGCUCUAAUGUGUAUUAGCCAAUAUUGUCCUGAUUUAAAUACGUUAAUAAUUUAUAAUUGUGAACUAAUAGACGGGCCUCUGAAAUAUUUCAGGAAACAAGUUCCCCCAUUUAUGAAUUUGAAAAAUCUAACCAUAGCUGCAUCAUGCACCUUGCAACAUUUAGAAUUUCUUUUAAUGAACUGUUUUAAAAUCAAAUUUAUUCAUAUUGGUACAAUGGUGCCGACAAAUGAUGAAAUUUUUGAUAAAAUUUUAGCUAACAACCCAAUGGAAUAUUUAGAAGAAUUGCAUAUAAUUUAUUCAACUGGCUUAACUGUUUCAACAGCUUACAAAUUACUUGAAACCUGUGAAAAUUUAAAAGUUUUAAAUGAAAUGGAAAGUUGGACUAGGGUUCAAGAACAAGAACUAGAAAAUUUUAGAAUAUUUUUAAAAAUACGAAAUUAUAACAUAGACACAAGACCCUCAACGUGGAAACCCCAGAUUAGAGAAGAAAAUAUAUAAAACAUUAGAAAAUACUACUAAAUUAAAGCCUAAACUAAAAAUUAUAACUGAAAAGAAUGUUUAAUGGAAAUUUUUUUAUGUUUAGCAGAAAAUUUUAAUUUUUAUAUUUUGUAGUGACAAAUUAUAAUUGAAAACGCUUAAUAAAAUUUAUUUAUUAAAUUUGUUUGCAUAUUU